CACUCAUUUCUUGUGUAGUAAACAAAACAGUCCUUCAACAAAAGCCAUGCAGAAGACGUUCACCAAAAAAUCCAAAAAUCACAAGCACAAUGGUCAAAAUACGAUGGAAAAUCAAACAAAUACCUCUAGCAAUAUUCAAAAAAUUCCUAGACAAAUGUCAGUAUGUGAAAACUUGUUUACGGUCGCUCACAUAUAAUCAUCAUAUGAGCCAGGAUUAUGCAUCGGACGUAGCGCUCGAACCAAUUAUAUGGAUUGUAGAUAAUUUUGCUGGAUUUCUAGGACCGUUUUUCGUUGUUGCGGUUGCAGUUUUAACAUCGACUGUUGUGGUUUUUGCACAUUUAGUUGGUUUGCCGUAUUGGUGGGAAAAAAGUCCAGCCAUGACAAUAUUUCUAAUUACUUUCGGCUAUUGGUUGCUAAUGAACGUAACAUUCCAUUAUAUUAUGGCUGUGUUUACACCACCCGGUGGUCCGCCCGAUAAAGAACUCUACGACGCAGUUAGUAUAUGUAAAAAAUGCUUAACGCCAAAACCUGCUCGAACACAUCACUGUUCAAUUUGCAACAAAUGUAUAUUGAAGAUGGAUCAUCACUGCCCCUGGUUAAACAAUUGCGUCGGUUUCGCGAAUCAUCGAUAUUUCUUCAUGUAUAUGCUGUACACUGUCAUUGGGUCCAUGUUUCUUAUUGUUUUUGGCAUUGAAAUUGCUUACAAUGUUUUGUGGUUGGCCGACGAUGGCGAAUGGACAGAAACGGAACCGCUCGAAGGUCAUCCAAUCACUUAUAAUCUUACUGGACACAUUGUUCCAAUUAGUGAAAUGAAUGAGUACCGUGACAAUACCAUCGAACCAACUGAUGGAACGAUUGUACAAAGUGAAGCAGAACUUUAUCGUGUGUUCAUACGUCGUUCACUUACAUUUAUGGCAUUUAUCAAUGUUGCUGUUGUGAUUGCAUUAGGAUUAUUAACAAUGUGGCAUGCCAAGCUUAUUUAUCACGGUGAAACGAGUAUAGAAGCGCACAUAAAUGCUAAAGAAACAAAAAGAUUAGCGGCAAGAGGAAGAACUUAUCGAAAUCCAUAUGACUUUGGACCAAAGAAAAACUUUCAGAUUUUUUUGGGCUUAGUUAAUGGCAGAUCGUUCUGGAGACACUUUCUGUUCCCAUCGACACACAAACCCGAAGAAGACGGAACAGUUUUCGAGACAAUUAACAGUGUGCCAACAUCAAACAAUUGGCCGUAGCAGUGGAUUCCACUUUUUUUGAUUUUCCAAAAUUUAACUUAUUUAAAUAAAAAAAAAACACAAUUAGCUAAUGUUUCAACGAAAGUGCUAAUAUUUCAAUAUUUAUUGCAAUGCAUGUUUUAUGUUUUAAACAAUCUAUUAUUGAUAACACUUCAAUAUUUUUCGAAAUAAACCAAAAAGCUACACUAUUAAAA